AUGACUAUAAAAGCGACUCCACCAGUACAACCGACAUUCAGUUGGAUGGUAAUGAUCACAAUGAUUUCGAUACGACUAAUCGGGAUUUUGUUGCCAUCGUUGAUGUUUGUCACACACGUCGCUUCGCGUGGAGUGAAAGGUGACAGCAGUGAAGAUAGCGUGACUGUUGCACAAAUCAGUGUGCAAGUUUCUCUUGGAGGAAAUAGUACAUCAAAUGGUUUGAUGUCGAGAAAAAUGUUGGAAAUGAAAGGAGAGAAAGGAGACCGUGGGAAAGCAGGUCCGCCUGGAAGACCAGCACAAGAGAACAAAUGCAGCUGCAACUGCCGUUCGCGUCUGGAGGAAAUAGAAGAGAAACUAUCAAAUCUGACUGAAGUGGUCAAUCAGUUGCAGUCACAAAAGGCAGAGAAUGAAACUGAAAGCACAACCAAGAAAUGCAACAUCGACAAUGAAAGAAGUUACACAAGUUGUCAAGAGGCUAAACAGUUAAACAAAUUGGUGAGCGGCGUGUACACUUUGGACCUUGGAGAUGGAUUGGGCUCGUUUCAAGUGUACUGUGAUAUGUCGACAGACGGUGGUGGCUGGACAGUGUUUCAGAGACGCCAGGACGGUUCUGUCGACUUCUACCGCGGAUGGUCUGACUACAAAAACGGAUUUGGAGACUUGAACGGAGAAUUCUGGUUGGGAUUAGACAAAAUACACAGACUGACAAAGCAAGCACAGACUCUUCGAGUCGAUCUAAUGGAUUUCAGUUGCAAUCGAGUGUAUGCCAACUACACAGGAUUUCAGAUAAAUGAUGAAUCGAAUAAAUACAUUAUUCAACACACAUCAUACAGUGGAAACGCAGGCGAUGUAUUGUUUUGGAACAGAGGGAUGGGCUUUACGACGAAGGACAAUAACAAUGACAUGGCAAAUAUAGGCAGCAAUUUAGGCUUCAAUUCCUGGAGAGGUGCCAAUUGUGCUAUUGUCUUCAAAGCAGCAUGGUGGUACUCUCACUGUGACAAUUCGAAUUUGAAUGGUCUCUACUUAAAAAAUGCAAGUUCUAAAAACUACGAGGGAAUUGUUUGGUCUACUUGGCAAACCGGUAUUCCUUUAAAAUUUACAGAAAUGAAGCUCCGUUUUCAUUCGUUUCUGCUGCCAUUGUUGAUGUUUGUCAUACACGUCGCUUUGCGUGGAGUAAAUGGUGACAGCAGUGAAGACAGCGUGACGGUUGCACAAAUCAAUGUGCAAGUUUCUCUUGGAGAGAAUAAUACAUCAAAUGGUUUGAUGUCAAGAAAAAUGGUGGGAAUGAAAGGAGAGAAAGGAGACCGUGGGAAAGCAGGUCCGCCUGGAAGACCAGCACAAGAGAACAAAUGCAGCUGCAAUUGCAGUUCGCAUCUGGAGGAAACAAAAGAAAAACUAUCGAAUUUGAAUGAAGUGGGCAAUCAGUUGUCACAAAAGGCAGAGCAUGAAACAGAAAGCACAACCAAGAAAAUAAACACCGACAAAGAAAGGAGUUACACAAGUUGUCACGAGGCUAAACAGUUAAGCAAACUGGUAAGUGGCGUGUACACUUUGGACCUUGGAGAUGGAUUGGACUCGUUUGAAGUGUACUGUGAUAUGUCGACAGACGGUGGUGGCUGGACAGUGUUUCAGAGACGCCAGGACGGUUCUGUCAACUUCUACCGCGGAUGGUCUGCAAAAAACGGAUUUGGAGACUUGAACGGAGAAUUCUGGUUGGGAUUAGACAAAAUACACAGAUUGACAAAGCAACAGAAAUUCUUUGAGUAGAUCUAAUGGACUUCCAUGACAGUCGAGUACAUGCUCAAUAUAAAGGAUUUCAGAUAAAUGACGAGUCGAGUAAUUACAGCCUGGGUACACAUCAUACAGUGGAAAUUCAGGUAAUGCACUGGCUGAACACAAGGAUAUGGAGUUAACACCAAGAACAGAGACAACGACAUAAUGACUUCGAGCUCGACGGCAUGCCAACAGGGUAGGUCAAGUACCAACUGUGCUGUAGACUUGAAAGGAGGUUGGUGGUACUACCAUUGUCAUAAAUCUAACUUGAAUGGUCUCUACUUGAAAUAUGAAAAGUCUACUAACUACCGUGAAAUCGUUUGGUCUACUUGGCAGGACGGUAUUCCUCUCAAAUUCACAGAAAUGAAAUUGCGUGUUAGUCAGUAAACGACAUCUACUGCUACUUACAAAGCGUUUACGCUGACUCAGUAUAUUGACAUUAGCACAGUACGCACUCUACUUUAGUCGAGUU